AUGGCUACAGAAACGCAGGCAUACAAGCAGGGAAUGUUGGAGUAUUCCCUGCCGGUCUCGAGUGAGAGUGAUAACGGUUCGACCUCACAAAGCGACAGCGAUAGCGCUUCCAUUGUUUCUGAUAUAUUACCUGAUAUUCCUUUACCGCCACCAUCCAAAGCACCAACAGAGAUUCUAAGCGUUGAUCGGGAUACGCCAGACAACCAUGUGCCUCGUGAUCCACGGCUGAUUAGGUUGACUGGUGUUCAUCCAUUCAAUGUUGAACCUCCACUGACAACACUGUUCAAAGAGGGUUUCUUAACAUCUCCAGAGUUAUUCUACGUCAGAAACCAUGGGCCCGUCCCACGAGUCCGGGAUGAAGACAUCCCAAAGUGGGAACUCAGCAUCGAAGGACUUGUUGAGCACCCUAUUGUGCUUGACUUUAGACAGAUCCUACAAGAAUUCGACCAGAUCACUGCACCCGUCACACUUGUAUGUGCUGGCAACCGACGCAAAGAGCAGAACCAAGUUCGAAAGUCCAAGGGUUUCUCAUGGGGAGCAGCCGGUCUCUCUACCGCCCUGUUUACUGGUCCAAUGAUGCGGGACGUUAUCAAACGAGCAAAGCCAAUGAGAAGAGCCAAAUAUGUUUGUAUGGAAGGAGCGGAUAAACUGCCAAACGGAUAUUACGGAACAUCUGUCAAGCUCAACUGGGUCAUGGAUCCGAACCGAGGCAUCAUGCUCGCCCACAAGAUGAACGGCGAAGAUCUUCGUCCUGAUCACGGUCGUCCCUUGAGAGCGGUAGUGCCAGGACAAAUCGGCGGUCGAAGUGUCAAGUGGUUGACAAAACUGAUCCUAACCGACGCGCCAAGCGACAAUUGGUACCACAUCUACGAUAACCGGGUGCUCCCGACAAUGGUCUCCCCUGAACAAUCUGCCAAAGAACCGAAAUGGUGGUACGACGAUCGAUACGCUAUCUAUGAUCUCAAUGUCAACUCGGCUGUUGUACAUCCUCAACAUGAUGAAGUAUUGCGACCUGCAAAGGCUGGUCCAGGUGCAACAUAUACUGCACAAGGAUACGCAUACGCUGGAGGUGGUCGACGAAUCAACCGAGUCGAGAUAUCUUUAGAUAAAGGAAAAUCAUGGCGCCUGGCAAACAUAGAAUAUCCCGAAGACAAAUACCGCGAGUACGAAUCCGACCUUUUCGGCGGCAGAGUCGACAUGUUCUGGCGCGAGACUUGCUUCUGCUGGUGUUUCUGGAAUCUCGAAAUCCCCAUCCCCGACCUCACCGAAAGCGACGCAAUUCUUGUUCGUGCUAUGGACGAAGCUCUUAGCAUUCAACCGCGUGAUAUGUACUGGUCUGUUCUUGGUAUGAUGAAUAACCCUUGGUUCAGGGUUGCAAUUAUCAAGGAUGGAGAUACUAUUAAAUUCGAACAUCCUACACAGCCAGCUUUGAUGCCUGGUGGAUGGAUGGAGAGAGUUAAAAAAGCUGGUGGAGACCUUACAAACGGUCACUGGGGUGAAGUGAUGAAUAAUGAAGAGGCAGAGGCCAACAAUCAGAAGCCGGUCGAAGAGAUCAAUAUGAAGAAGGAAGGUCUUGACCGGAAGGUCGAUCUCGCAGAGUUCAAGGCACAUGUCUCUCCGGAAGAGCCUUGGUUCGUUGUGAAUGGCGAGGUUUAUGAUGGUACGAAGUUUUUGGAAGGUCAUCCUGGUGGUGCUCAGAGCAUCGUGUCUGCGGCAGGCAUGGAUGUCUCUGAGGAGUUCCUUGCAAUUCACAGCGAGACAGCCAAAGCAAUGAUGCCAGACUACCAUAUCGGCACUCUAGACAAGGAGUCUCUAAAGGCCCUUCACGAUGAAGCUCAAAACCAAUCUUCUUCAGGCAUGCCAGAUGAGAAAUACCUCCAACCCAAGGUCUGGAAGAAAGCAGAACUCUGCGCCAAACGGUCUAUAUCAUGGGAUACCCGCGUGUUCACCUUCAAACUUGACUACGACCUUCAACCUCUUGGUCUACCCACGGGACAACAUCUAAUGGUUAAGCUCAAGGAUUCUACGACAGCCGAAUCCAUCAUCCGUGCCUACACACCUAUCUCCGAAACAAACCAGCAAGGCACUCUCGACCUCCUCGUGAAGGUCUACGCACCCACUCCAACCGAAAAGGGCGGGAAAAUGACCAUGGCACUCGACAAACUCGCCAUCGGCGACAACGUCGAGAUCAAGGGUCCCAUCGGUAAACUAAUCUACCUCGGCCACGGCCGGGUGUUGCUAAACGACAAACAACGAAACGUGAAAUCCUUCCGCAUGAUCUGCGGUGGAAGUGGUAUCACGCCUAUUUACCAAGUCCUUCGAGCCGUGGUCACAAACCCCGAGGACCCAACACAUUGUGUCGUCCUCGACGGCAACAGGAUGGAAGAAGACAUCCUCUGCCGCGAAGAACUCGAUUCUUACUCUGCCCUAAACGACGAGCGAUGCACAAUUGUGCACACGCUCACAAAACCGUCUGAUGACUGGAGAGGUCUCAAGGGCAGAAUAGGAGAAGAGUUAUUGAAACAACAUGCUCCCCCUUCUGCGGCCGGGGAUAGUUUGGCCCUGAUUUGUGGACCUGAGGGUAUGGAGAAGGCUGUUAAGGCGGGGUUGUUGAAGAUGGGCUGGGAUGAGAAUGAUCUUGUUUUCUUUUAA